GCAAGUCUUGUUCGAGUUUUCCGAAAAGCACGAAGUUCAGCUCUUGCAAUGGCAUUCGUGGGGACUGAAGGCUGGAAGUCCGGCCUUUCCGCAAUCCAAGUGGCCAAAGUGGAAGAACUGGAAUCCAAAUUCGAUCACCUGAAGAAAGAAAAUGGUCGAAAGCAACUCCAUAUGGAUAAUCUACAACAGGAAUUGGAAAAAAAUAAAAGAAAAACCGAAGAUGAAAAAAACAGCAACGCUCAAUUGCAACGUGAGAUCACUACUCUUCGAGAGAAUUGCGAUGGAUUGCAAAAUCAAAACUCUCGUUUGGAACAAGAUCUGGGAAAACGUGACAACCAAAUUCAAACACUACAGAAUCAAGUGUCUCUCAAGGACAAACAAUUACAAGACAUGUCCGAGGAGUUGAAGAGAGCCAAGAAAGAGGUGGGAGAAUUUGAAAAUCAGCUCUUGCCAAUGUCAGCACCCUCCUUUGCCACGCCUCAGAAGCGGGAAAGUUUUAUUGCCAGCAACAAAGGUCUGAAUGGGUCUGCCUGUUGGAGUUCAAGCGGUGACGAGGAUGUUCGGAAGAAACUGGAUGACGCCCUGAAGAGGUUGAAAGAAAAGGACGAAGAAAUCGAUCACCUUCAAAAGGAAGUUUUUGAAAUGCAGUUCACCGCAACGAAAGACUUUGAAGCUGUCUCUUCUAAUGCCCUUACCACCAACGCCUUCGACGAUAUGCCGUUACCAACUUCAUCCAAGACUAACUCCAUCACCACCAAAGAUGAGAUUGCUGAGCGAAGCAAGACCUCCUCCAUCGCUUUUAGUUGGGGCGCAACACCUCCGAACCGAAAGCCUUCUAAAGCUACCCCGAUGAACCAAAGCAUCGUUCAAACCCCUGCACAAGCUCAAACUACCGAACGAUCCAACAUAGUUGCACCAUCUAGUGGCAAAAUUCGCGAAGUUGAUCAAAAGAGGAUUAUGGAUUUAGAAAACACUUUGCUGAAGGCCAAGAAAGACCAUCAAGAUAUGCAAAUGAAGCACAAUGCUUUGGAGAGUGGAUUGGCCAUUAAGGAAAAGGAAGUGGACGACAUGAAAGCCAAGCUUCUUAACUCGAUCGGGAGUGCUCAACAUAAACUCGAAGUCGAGCAACUCCAGGCCAAAAUCGUAGGAUUUGAGUCCAAAUUGAAAGCAUUGCAGACGGAUUUCGACUGCCAACGCCAAAAUGGAGAAACAACGAAAUUACAUUUGGAGCAAAAACUGAAAGAACUAGAUCGAGAGGCCAAAAGAGAUGUUCAUCAAGCUCAAUCAGAACUUCGAACAAUGGAAAAGCAAGCGUCGAAGUUGGAGGAUAGUCUUCGACAAGCAGAAAAUCUAGCCAAAGACGCUGCCAACAAGUUUGAAGCAGAAAAGGGCUCACUCGAAAAGGACAUUCAAAAUCUGAAGGAACAAUUACAAUCCGAAAUCGAGAAAGGCCGGUUGACUAGUCAGCAAUUUUCUACUGACAUUAAAACUAAACAAGAGGAAAUUCUCGCUUUGAAGAAAGAAAAAGACGGAAUUGAAGGACAGUUCAUCUCAACUCAGAAAGAGCUUGCUGACAAAUUGAAGACCAUCACUGGUUUAGAGGAACGAAUUAGUACCAUCAAGGCCGAUAUGGAACAUGUGGAAACAAAACAGAAAGAAGAGAUGGGCAUGAAGUCUGCAGAAUUCCAAACACAGAUUGAAGAGCUGAAAAAAGAGAAUAGUGCCAUCGUGAAACAGCAUGAAGACCAAAUCAAACAGAUCCUUGACGGCAAUCAAAAGAAAAUUGAGGAGGGGGAAGCUGCUGUUGAGGCCCUCAAGAAAGCCGAAGCCAAUUGGUCGGAAAAGGAGCAAUUUCUUUUGGUGGAACUAGAAGAAGUUAAGAAUGUCAACGAUCAACUUAAAAACAUUGAUACCGAUUGGAAUGAAAAGCUCAAGACGAAAGAAGUUGAUUUCUCUAAUUUGCUGCAGGAAAAGUCGGCAUUAGAGAAUCAACUGAAAGAAAAUGCCGAAAUCCUUAAGAAGGCGGAGGCGGAAUACUCGAUCCUCAAAUUAGCGGAACAACAAUAUCUCGAGGAUUUCAAAAAACUUGAGGUGGAAAACGAAGCUAUGAAGAAUGAAAAGAACGCAUUUGAUGUUGAAGCAAAAGAACGCGAAGAACAAUUGCAAAAUUUGCAGAAGGAAAUUGAAAGUUUGAAUCAACAAGACACCAGCAACAAACGCGAAUUAGUAAGAAUGGAAGGAGAAUUAGAUUCGAUGAAAACUGCUCAUGCUAAUCUUGAUGCUAAGGAGAAAGGCUUUAUGGAACAACUGGAAACUUGGGAACGGGAAAAGAUGAGAAUUGACGAGCUCAAACAAGAACAUGAGGAAAGUCUGAAACAAAUGAGCGAAGAAUUGAAUUGCUUGAAGACAGAAAAAUCUCAAUUAGAAGAAACUCAAAAGGAGUUGGACGGAAAAUUGGUGGGCAAUGACAAUAAACUGAGCCAGCUUCAAGAAGAAAGAGAAGUGCACGCCACAGAAUUCGCCCGCCUAAGUGAGGAACACUCUGCUUUGAAAGCCAACAAACUAGGUCUGAUCCACGAAUUAGAGUCAUCCUCAGUACAAUUUCGAGCCCUUGAAGAAACUUUGAAGCAAGAGCAAGAACAUUUCCUGACCGAAGAGAAAAAGUACAAGAGUUCCUUAGAGCUUCUGGAGUCCCAAGGAAGCGCCUUUCAGCAAAAGAUCGCCGACCUUCAGAUCAAAAACAACCAACUUUUAACAAUGGUUUCUGACCUUGAAAAUCGAUUGAGCGAGCAUUCCAUCGAAAGAGCAGAGCUCCAGAAAGCCAAAGAGGCCAUGGCUGUGGCAUUAGAGGGAAACAAAUCAGUUUCCGACACGAAGGAAUCACUCUUUCAGUCGCUUCAUGCUCAAACUGCAGACCAACAAGUGCAGGUCAGGGGACUAGAAAAUAAGGUCAGUACUCUUGAAUCCAGUGAGAGUUAUCUUAUCCAAGGCUUGACAGUGUUGCGAUGUGAGCAUCAAUUCCUCGAGGACCAGUUAAACGAUCAAAACGAGGAAAUGAGUAAGAUUAAGUCGAGCCUCAGUGCCAAGGAAGAAAUCUUGCGAAACAAAAUUGACGAAAUCGCUCGCUUAAACCAGGCGCUUCAAGUUCAAAGCACGGAAACUGCAAGUUCGCAACAAUCUUUCCGAGACAAACUUGCUUCGGCUGAAGCCAACUUGCAAGACAUGAAAGCCUCAUUGCUUGAAGCCAAAAACCAAGAGGCACUCUUGUUGGAUGAUGUUGAACGGUUAACCGUUUCUUUAGCGGAAAAAGAAGACCAACUGAAGAGCUUGAACGUUACAAAUGUUGCCAUUCAGGAAUCGCUCGACCUACUGAUGGCCGAGAAAGAAAGCAAUCAAAAGACCAUUGAAGAUAUGAUCAAUCUGCAGGACGAACUCAAAAUCAAACUUGACUUGGAAGCAUCCGAGAAACGCCAGUUGAGCUUAGAAUUCGAAGCUUUAUCCCAAGAUCACACGCGAUCCCUUCAAGAGACAAAAGAGAGCGCUGAAAUUGCUGCAGACAUCCGCCAAAAGCUUCAAGAUCAAAUACUAAGGUUGGAAUCGAAGAUCGAUGAAGACUCAAACACCAAAAUUUUGAUUGAUCAAUUGACCCAAGAGUCAAAAGCACACCACGACCAGCUCCUAGAAGUUCAAUCUCAGUUUGAUCAAGCGCAGAAAAACUAUGAAGAAUCUAGAAGAAAGUGUUCUGAUUUCGAAGAGCAACAAGUUGCCCUACUUCAGCAGAUUCAAUGCCUUGAAGAGGAAAAGUCCGCCUUGUCCACUCGUUUAGAGGAGGGGGCGAAUGCUCUGGAGGAACUAAAACAGACGAAAGAUCUCUUGGAAAAAGCCAAAGAACAAUCUAAGGCCACAAUAUCACAACUGGAAAAGAGGCAACAACAAUUGGAGCACAAAAUCAACUCCUUGGAGUCCAGCGACAAUGCUUUCAUUCAGAGCAUGACCAUUCUCAGAUGUGAAAAUAGGUUCCUCGAAGAUCAGCUCAUUGACCUGAAGGCUAUUCGAGAAUCGGAGAACAAGGAUACUCAGGUCUUGAAGAAGAAUACCGAGCAGAAGAUGGCAGAGUAUGAAUGUUUGUUGAAGGAAAACGAGCUCAAGAUGCAAGGUCUCCGGGCUAUUGCGGAAAAGGUGGAAUCUCGCAAAUUAGACUUUGCGACCGAUGAGAGUUAUGUUUCCCAAUUACAAACCACCAAAGAGCAGGCUGAACGCUCUCAAUUAGCACUAAAGUCCACCAUUCGACAGCUAGAGCGGACUCGUGCCGCUUUAGAAGUGAAGUUAGAGUCCAUGGAGUCUAACGAUAACGGCUUUAUUCAGAGCAUGACCAUCCUAAAAUGUGAAAAUCAAUAUUUAGUCGAUCAACUUGCCGAUUUGAAAUCUCAACUCGACAUCAAACUUAAGGAUGACGAAACGAUGGAGACCAACAAAUCCAAGAUCCAAGCUCUCGAAAAACAAUUGGAGGAGACCAAGAGUUCGCUUGCGACCAAAACUGCCCAACUGGAAGCCAAUGUACAAUCCCUUGAAACUUUAGAAUCACAAGCUGCAUCCCUCAACACAGAAUUGGAAUCCGUCAAGGCAACUCUGGUCGUCAUCCAAGACGAAAACGUCUUGUUGAAAGACAAUUUAUUGAAAGCAAAUGCAGGAAUUGAGCUACAGAGUGCGGAAAUGAAGGAACUAAAAGACACUUUAGAAGAAAAAGUCGAGGCCUUGGAUGAGCUUAAGACGUAUGUGAGUGAAUCGGAGGAGAUGUUGGAAAAUGUUAUCGCUGAAAAAGAACAAUGUCAUACCGAGGUCGAAGAAUUGACUAAAAACGUCGACAAUUUGAAAUCUAAGCUUCAAUCUCAAGGAGAAGAAGUGGAUUUGCUCACCGGUCAAAUCAACGACAAAAAUAACUCAAUCCAGAAACUGACAGAAGAGUCGUCCCAAAGAGAAAGUGACAUGGAUGCCCGAAUUCUUGAAUUAGAAUCAAAAUUGACAACUCAGUCUGUACUCUCAGAAACGAUUGAAAGUCUCCAAAAUGCAUGCAACUUGGCCCAAUCGGAGCUUGCAGAUCUGAAAUUGGAGAUGACCAGGUUGCAAAGUCUGGUUCAAGACUCUGAAACCAAGUACCAGUUAUUGGUGGACGAGAAAUCUGCCGUUCUCCAACAACUCGAAAAUCUAGCUCAAGAGAAGAAAGAAUUGGAUAAGGGCACCCAAAAGAAAGACGCCGUCAUUCUUGAUCUAGAGGCCGCUAAAUUAGAGAUCCAAACUAAUUAUGAUGAAAGCAAAGAAUCGGUUGACAGACUUCAAGGAAUCACGAACGACCUGAAAGAGCAACUUGAUCAGUCCAAGAUUAAGUUGGCCGAAAAGGAGACCCAAAUCAACAACUUAAAUCAAGAAGUCGACGAAACACAGAAACAACUGAAGGAGAGCCAAACGAAUCAAGAAGAAUCUUCCCAAUCCCUCGAGACUUUAGCAUCAAAAAUGGCCCAAUCGGAGGCUGAUUUAAAGAUCCUACAACGAGAGAAGAACACGAUUUCAGUUCAGCUGGAAGAGGCUACGUCCCAACUUACUGCUGCCCUUGAGAAAUGUGACAUCCUCGAAUCAGAAAAGAAGGUCCUAGAAGGUGCCAAAACGGAUCUCCACACCAAAGUGAAACGAGUUCUCUCGACUCUUAAGAUAAAGGAAAAUGAGUUGGUCCAAUUGGCCGAGGAGAACGACAAAUUAAACCAAAACCUGUCUGACCAAAAGAAGAGCCUUCAAGUUAAGCAGGACGAGAUUGAUUCACAGUUAAAGAAUAUUGCCAAAUUGGAGGCCGAAUAUGGUCACGGGGAGCCUCGGGCUCUCCCUUGGGAAGAUGAUGAGGAUUGCCAGGAAAUGAGACCAACAGAGCUACUCGAGUUCUUCGGAGAGAGCCUCAAUGUCAAAGAGAAGCAGAGUCUAUACGAGUUGUGUCUCGACGAGCUCAAGAAAGAGGUGCGAACGAAAAGCAGAGAGCUCCUUAAAGUUUACGAUGGCUCUUCUGCUCUCAAACGAGAGUUGGAGCGCGCCAACAUGAAAUUGAAUUGUGCCAAUACCACUGCAGGAGAAGGAAGUGGAAGUGGGGCUGCUAUUGCAUCCUCAGCAGCUCGGAUGACGCGAUCUCAUUCUUCAACUGCACUUGCCAAAGAAAAUCAAAGUCUCGUCGAGCCACUGAAAACCACCGCCACCCAAAUUGCCGCCGAGCACAAGAAACGAAUCUUUUCCCCAGAGAAAUCCCCCCUAAUCAAGCCCCAGGGUAAAAAGACACGCAUCUUCAGCCCUAAAGUGGCUCCCAACAUUCCAGCCACUCGAAAUCGCACUCGAAAAUCCUUGGCCCUAACAAGUCAAGUGCCCGAGAACCCAUUCAAGAGCAAGAAACUGGCGACUGACGCUAAAUCGAGCGGGAGCAAACCGUUGGAUACUAUUACAAACAUCCCCGAAGAAAGGGGACCCGUUGUAACAAAAUCGAAUGGCUCAUCUCAAAAGCUGCUCAGGUAAAUGAGCGUCAACCAUUGGAAUAAGAGACUACUCGUCCUCUGUAAAUACAUGUAACUAACAGUCUCUCUGCAAAUAAAUAUCCAUGAUCCAA